AUGGGGAAACCCAAACGUGCGGGGACCCCGAGGCACCCUCCCUCACCCACCGUGAGCCGACAACCCGGUCCCAUGGACGAAUUCCUGUCCACCCCACAGCAUCUCAGAGGCGCACGUGGCGCGGACAAGAUGGCGCCUUCCUCACCGAGCUCCAGCAGUGUGACAGGCUCUGUUACUGAUAUGCCUGGCACUGAUGCACUGACACAAAUGUCAGCCGACCUGGCUGCAAUAUCUGCCAACAUGCUCACCCGUGGGGACAAAACUGCGCUGGUAUCAGAAUUGCGCUCUGUCAUCCGGGAAGAAAUUGCCGCGGUACGCAGAGAUCUCAUGGCACUGGAACAGAGGGUGGAUGAAUUGGAGGAACACCGCCUCCACGCCACACACCAUCAGCAGGCUGCAGAUUUGGCAACCACACGGCAGGGGAACAUUCUCCUUGAGCUGCGCAGACAGGUGGAGGACCUGGACAAUAGAGGCCGCCGCAACAACAUACGAGUGCGGGGCCUCCCCGAGUCCAACGACGAGUCCCCAAGGGAACUACUGACCGGCCUCUUCGUGCAACUUCUUGGUGAGGAUGCCCCCCCCGAAAUACCCAUGGAACGAGCACACAGAGCACUACGUGGUCCCAGGAGUGAUGGGCAACCCAGAGACAUGAUUUGUUGCCUCACAUCGUUCCAGCAAAAAGACGCCAUUAUGAGAGCGGCCAGAGCCCAACGCUCAAUCGCUUACAUGGACUCCCAAGUAAUGCUGUUCCAGGACCUGUCGUCUCUCACGCUCGACGCCAGACGGGCAUUGAAACCCCUAACGACCAUGCUACAAGAAAAACGGAUUCCCUACAAGUGGGGCUUUCCGUUUAGCCUGCAAGCCAAGAUUGACAACCGCUGGCACACACUACGCUGGCCCAAUGAUGUCCCUAGAUUCCUUCAAUCAGCAGGUUUGCCACAUAUCCACGUACAGAACUGGAUCCUUGAAAACCCGCCUGCUCGCCCGACCGGGCCCUACCCAGUUGCGGAGAACCUGUUGGGAGGACGCUCUGCACCACCACCACGGCGCAGAGGCGGCCCCGACGGCCCAGAGGAAUAGCUACCCGAGGCUCUACAACCGACCUCCCAUAUCAGGUAACUGGGGCCACUCCCUAGGCAGACCCGAGCCUCUAGGGGGACACCAAACAACUGCCACUAGCACACAGUAG